AUGGAGCCAACUGAAGGCAUACUUUUGAUUGUUGAAAGUCUGACCUUAGAAGCAAAUGAAAGUGACAAUAUAAGCAUCACACAAAGUGCCCUUACUAUCACUAGUGAAGAAGCUGGAACAGGCUUUGAUAUUUCUAGGAAAUGUUUUGAGCCUUCGGAAAUGAAGGAGUGGGCCAUUGAUGACUUGAAUAAAACAAUUCAGUGGUUGGAGAGUCAAGAAGAAAAGCCAGAUCCAAGUGAGGUGACAAAAAUAGCCGCAGAGGGAAUUCUUACUUGUUUGCAAGAUGUAAUUCGUUCUCUAGAGGAAAAACGGGAAGAUUUUGGAAAUCUCAACAAAAUAUUCAUAUUCUCAGGUAAGUCUUUACACAAACUUGGUGGAAGAAUGGUUUAUUCAACCUGCUCAAAGAAUCUUAUUGAGAAUGAAGUUGUGGUUACUAAGGUUUAA